AUGGGAGGUAGAGGGGCUAACAGAGCCUAUAGGUUGAGAAUCGGGUCAUGGAACAUAGGUUCACUAACGAGUAAGUCUAUAGAGUUGGCGAAGAUCCUUCAGAAGAGGAAGAUUAAUAUAGCGUGUGUCCAGGAGACUAGGUGGGCUGGAUCGAGGGCAAAAAACGCGAAUGGGUAUAAGUUGUGGUACUCUGGAGUCCUGUGGGGUAAGAAUGGAGUGGGUAUCCUGGUAGAUAGCCAUCUUAGAGAGUCGGUGGUAGAGGUCAGGCGAGUGAAUAGAUUAAUGACUAUUAAGUUGGUGGUGAGGGAGUGUACUUUAAAUGUCGUUAGCGCGUACGCGCCGCAAGCAGGCUUGGAUGAGGAGAUUAAAAGGCGCUUUUGGGAGGGGUUGGAUGAGAUCGUUCAUAGUAUUCCGCCUUCCGAGAGGUUAUUCAUGGGAGGAGAUUUCAAUGGUCAUAUUGGGUCGUCUGCAGGUGGUUAUACUGAGGUGCAUGGCGGCUUCGGUUUCGGGGAGCGGAACGGAGGGUGCACUUUGCUGUUGGACUUUGCCAAGGCAUUCGAUCUAGUAAUUGCGAACUCAAGUUUUUCGAAGAGGGAGGAGCAUUUGGUUACUUACCAAAGUUCGGUGGCGAAGACUCAGAUUGACUAUCUCCUCCUCAGGAAAUACGACAGAAGGUUGUGCGAGGAUUGCAAGGUUAUCCCAAGUGAAACCCUCGUAACGCAGCAUAGGCUUUUGGUGAUGGACAAUGGUAUUAUGAUAAGGAGGAAGAAGAGGCCAGUAUGA